ACUCGUUCCAUUCGUACGAUAAUUUAAUACGAAAUUAAUAUUCCAUGCAUUAAUAAUUUCUGUAAAUGUCGAAACGAUGUGCGAGAUUAAAAAAAUCGUAAGUUUCGAAAAAAUUUUUUCACCUCGAAAUAUUUACGAUUAAAGAGAGAGAGAGAGAGAGAGAGAAAUAUAUAGAUAGUUAUUUUAAUAUUUAUUUCAAGUCUGUAAAAAAGACUUGAGUCUGAAAAGUUUCGAAAUUUCCAAGUUUCGAGUAUCAAGAAAAGAGUUAUUAUCGAUAUUUCAAUGUCAACAGUCUUAUCAAUCGCAAUUAAAAGUUUCUUCCACGUAAUGAAAAUAAGUCGAAUGAUUUCGUGUAUAUUAAAUUAUAUCACAUGAUAUGAGAAAAACUAUGGCCGUAAUUGUAUUGCAAAUGUUCUUCUACAGCAGUGUUUCUCAACCUGAUGCUAUUGCGAAGUAAUUUUUGGAAAAUUGUCAUUUUUACUUAAUCAUUUUCUUACGUGAAAAAGAAUUAAAAAUUUUUGCGUGUUGAUAUUUUAACUAAGAAUUCAUUCGUAAAAAUAAAUCUAUAAAUGUAUCCUAUUAUAAUUUUUAACUUAUCUUUAUGUAAUCACAAAGAAAUUUUGUUUAGUGUCACAUGUCAAAUAUAAUCAGAUUGUUUAUAUAACAGAAUUUUAUAUAACUUUUCCCACCGACUAUAUAUAUUUUUUUAAUUAAAUAUACAUAUACGAAAGAAUUUCACGAAAUAUGAAUUAAAAAUUGUUUUAUAAACAUAAUAAUUUUUAUAUAUCGAUAUCUUCAAUUUAUAUAUCUAUAUUUCUAUAUCUUAUUUAAUUAUAUAUUCAAAUUAAAUAAAUAAUAUUUCAAGUUUCUUUCCUCAAGUAUAAAGUUCACGUUUACAUUCACAUUAAUUAAAUGAGAUACAGUAUUAUUCAAAUGAAUCUUAAUUUUCUUCGUGAGUUUAAUUAAUUUUUAAUUUCCAUUAAUGGCAACUCCAUUUCAUUAGAAACCGUAAUUUUAUUUAUCACCUCGUCAAUCAUUUUUGAAUUAACGAUAUAAACUUACACAUUAGAAGAAAGAAACACCUAUUAAGGAUAAAAUACAACGAAGAAACAUUGAUUUGUCAUCAACAUUGUAUAAUUUAAUCUAAUAAUUCUCGACCGUAACAACUACUCGAGAAUGUAAUGGAAACUUAAUCAAAACAAAUUCAGCUCACGAACAAAGUCCCUUAAGGUCGCUUGAAUGUCAUUCUACUUCAUAUUUAAUUUCAUAUAACGCAUAUUUCCUAUAAAAAUAGAAAGAAACAAAAACCUAACACAUCCCAAACGACGUAUCAACUAAUCCUUUAAAAUGAUGCUCCAAUAAAAAAUUCAUAAUAAUCGGAUAAUAAAAGCACUGUUAAAAAAAAGAAAGAAAAAGAAGAAAAAAAUAUCGUUCCUAUAUCAGCUGAAUAAAAUUUAUACGAAGAAAAAUUUCACUGCGGCGAAAAAGGGAACAAGUAUUCUCCAUAAUUUGUUUGCCUAUUAUAAAAAGGGGUUGCCUCGAGAAACACACCGCACUACGGAGAGUAUGCAGACGCGUAUAAAUACGAACGUGGGCGGCCAUUCGAGAGGAUACGCGCGCCAUAGUGUUUCCACCGUCUAUUUUCGACGAGAACAGGAAGAGCCGUCUCUUUUCCACGGUUAUCGUGCGCCACGCGCAUGCCCCUUCGAGCGUCGGUGUUCGAAGCCUGGCCGUGUGUCGUUGUAUUCGUUGUAAAUACCGAAUGCCGAAUGCUCGCUACCGAAAAUAAUCACGCGAGGACGUUGCUGCGAUUUCGGACCGCUUCUUCUUCCGCGGCCCUCCCGACACCGCCAAAAAAUGCAUUCCCAACGUGAACCUUCGAGAUAUUCGCGCUAGAGAGUUAAUUCCAUCGUCCUCCCGUGUAUAUUUCCCACGAAACGAUAAAAUUGAUUCCGUUCGAUGUAAAAUAUCGACCCUGUGCGCGCGUGUUUAGAUCAACAAAAACGAAGGAUCUGUCGAGCAUCUUUCUAUCGAUAUGCGAAAAUAUACGUGAAAGAGAGUGGAAAAUGUAGGAAAAAUGCCUCACGAUCCCUCGAUUUACUUUUUAAGCAAGUACAGUGAGUUCAAGUUCGGUUCUACGUUAACGUGUCGUAAAGGGGAAGAAAUAUAUCCAUUUCCACGACGAUGUGCGUUUGAUUUAAAAAUAAAUAUAAAAUAGACUCGAACGAGCCUCGUUACACAGUAUUACAUCUCAGCGUUUCCUCCCAAUUCUCUACUAAAGUAUCCUCAUUUACGAAUAUCGAGGAUUCCCAGUGGAAUUCACCUUAUGAAAGUAAAAUUAUAAAAAAUUAUAAUUCUCAUCCUCAGAGAAAACAGUGUUGGGAAACACUGAAAAUCACGUGUUUACACGCGAAUAUAUUAAAUUUUGGCGCGGAGGGUGGCUAAACUCGUAUCUAAAUCCGCGAAAGGAAAAGAAGAAUGUACUCUAAAAUUAAACUUCCCCCGAUAUAUUUAGAGCAUCGAUAACACGAUCGAGUGAGAAAAAAAGAAAAUCACUUCGAGAGAAAAAUAAAACCAGAUGGCUGAGAAUGAGAAAUUUGGCGAUCAAGCGUUUGGGCAUGAGAGGAACGGGAAUCGGGGAUCGUGCACGGGCCGCAACAGCGAACAAAGAGCGCAGCCGAGGCCCAGCACGAGGCCACGCAAAGUGGACGAGGGCGAGCUGCCCGCGCCACCGCCGGAUCCGUGGUCCAAUCUCUGGCCCAGCCUGCACAAUUCUCGCGACCAGCAGGUGGAGGCGGGGAGGAACAGCCGGAGCCUGGACGAGGACGAGGACAUGAUCGCCUACUUGACGGACGAUCUCGGCUCUCUGCCGCCGUUCGAGGGGCGAACCCCGUCGGGGUGCCCCUCGAGAAAUUCUGCCGUGUCCGCGAUGGCUAUUUCAAGCGUUUACGCGGAAGACGCUUUCGAGCACUUGGACCGGUUGUACGCGUUCGUGGACCAGAUUCUCGAGCUCAGGGAUCGAAACGCCAAGUUUUUCAAGCGCGUGAGGAAUCUGGAACGGUUGAAGGUGUUGAGGGACGCGAACCAAAAAUUGGAAUACGCUUUCGCGCGCGACAACGGCGCGGCGACGGCGGGGAACGCGUGCGAGGAGGACACUGGGUUCGCCGAGUCGUUGCUCGACGCUAUGCUGUCCAAUUGCAGGGAUUCCCCGUUCCAGAGGAGGGGGGCGAGGUCGGGGACGAGGCAGGCGUCGAGGAACAACAAAUUGGAUAUCGACGUCAAGCAAACGUCGGUGGACGAAAUUUCUGGAACCGCGCCCAAGGUCUCCAAAUGGACGAGAGUUAAGGCCGCGUUUAAGUGGGAAAGGGCUUACACGAACGACACCGAGAAUACGGACUCGGGCAUGGCUCCCCCCUCCUCCUUCUCCCUGCCACCGACCAGUAAGCAGAAUCAUAGGAAUCACGAUGUUGACGCUAGGGAAUCGAGCAACACCGCAACCUCGUCGCCUGUUAACGAGAAUUGCAACGUGGGAACGCCUGUCGCUCGAACCUCUUCGCCCUCCUCGUCCAACGACGGAUUUUACGAUUGUCAGAAAAGUGGAACAAACCAAGUGGAUUGCCAAUCUUUGAAGAGAAAAUCUAAUAAAAAAGAUUUUGCAAACUGGCAUAGCGAAUCUCUCGAUGAUAAUAUUCUUAUGGAUACUUUGCAACCUAACGAGACAGCAAUAACAAAUGAGGCCAGCCAAGGGAAGCCUUUGAUACGAAUCACAUCGGACAAGAGUCACGCGGGGAAAAUGGAUGAGAAGGAUGUAGAAUCGAUAUCAAAGAGAUCGACACCGACAUUAACGAUCGCAAUACCUUCGCACGAGGAGGAUAUAAGAUACACGUCGUCUCCAGAAUCGAGUUCGCCGCUCUUUUUCAACGCGAACGCCUCUGCCGGAAAUUCUCCACAACACAGGAAGACGUAUCGAGACCAAUCUGUGAAGAACGAUUUUAAACGACAGCAAUCGUACGGUGGAGAAACAUUGAUGUCGAAGAUGCAGAGGCAAGACUCGAAAUGGAACAAGGUCAGGCGAGCAUUUCUAACGAAUUCAACCCCGAACGUGCCAUCGAACCUCAACGUUCCCAGACAGACGCUCUUUCAAGAUGGUUUCGAAACUUCGAUAAGCAGCAAUUACGACAGCGUGGAAAAUAUGGAGAAAACGACACCUUCCAACACACCGUCGCAAGACACGAGACAAGAUUACCGCGCCCUCAGAGAGAAACUGGGAACCGAAUUCCAUCAAAAGUUGAUCGAGUGGGAGCGUUUAAAAAAUUUUCCACCCCGUGUUUCCACCACGAAAGAAACCUUCUCGAAUUUACCGAGUCCUCGAGAAAGCUUGCUGUCGGAAGAAAGAUUAGCACCCGAGUUCAGAAAGAAAUUGCAAGACUGGAAACGCGCCAAAAAAAUACGAAGAGGAAGUGCCCCGUUUGUGCUGCAACAGAGGCUGAAUCGACGUCGUUUAACGGAUUGGCAACUUUGGAGAUCUCCUUUGAAAACCGAAUUCAGAAAUAAAGAAAUCUUCAGUUUCGCUGGUGGUGAGAGCGGAGAGAUCGUGAACGAUGGGAGGACGCAAGUUUGUGAAGAUUAUCCGAAAAAAAUGGAACCUUGGAAGAGAGCGAACGAGAGUAAUUGCGAUGCGAAAAGUCAAACACGAACCAAGUCACAUCAACUUGCGUCUGGAAUCGACGAAAGCGAGUUUCUCGCUUUGGAAAGAUUAUUGUCGCUUUUCAACAAUAAUACGAGUAAGGAGCGACGAGACAGUGAUGUUCAACAAUUGGACGAGUGCUUCGAUGGAGAUGCAAGAUCGUGUGCCGAUGGAACACAAAAUUUAAAUGACACCAACGAAGUUUUCGUUCGAACAUCUGUUGGAUCUUACCGGUUCGAAGGUAUUUCGCGAGAAUUCACAAGAAAACUGUACGACUGGGAACAAUAUCGUGGAAUAUCACCGACAUCUUCGACUUUCCGCCUUUUAGGACCUUCUUAUAUACCAUUCUUAAGACAGACAACUAUGGAAACAUCGACGGAUAAUUCACCGAUAACAAAAGUUGGAAGCGACGAACCGAUAUCGUUCAAAGUCUGCUCUUUGAAGAGAUCGAAAUCUGUUGGCAAUGUGAUCGAGCAAAAUGAUCGAAACGAACUCUUCAUACGUCGUUCGAACAGUCUACAAUCAUUGGAUCAUCUCACGAACAGGUUAAAAGAUGCUGAUCGCAUAGAUGCUUUACAAGAAUCAAUCGAUCCUCAGAGACCAGAGGACAUAGUCGAAGACAUAAUGGACGAUUCGGAACCGGAAGCAAUGAUCGUCGACAUCGAAGACGUGAUCGAAGAAACUGCGAGUCCCCUGGAAAGGGUGCAACCACACCAAACACCCGUGUACUCGGUUGCAGCGAGCGAAACGACGAGCAUCGCGGUACCAUUGGGAACUGUUACGUCCAGUCACGAACCAUCACCGGUAUUCUUGAUAGAAAUAGAGGAAAACUCGGAUUCGAAACGGUGGGAGUCGAAAAAGUGGAAUCAAAGGAAAAGUGUCUCGAGCGAAGAUAGUUUGAGCCUGGAACAAUCCGAAAUGGCGAAAUCUUGGGACAAUGAGAGGAAUUCUUCGAGUAACGUGGAUUCGGAGCAUUGGUCCUCUGCAAGCUCGUGGAGCAAGAGGGAAACGUUUGAUGUGAAGGAGAACGUUGAUAAUUCGGAUCGAGAAUUGGACAAAGAUUCAGUGAAAUCGAACAACUCGAUUUAUUCGACCGAUGUGGAUACGGAAUUUAACGUUGUAAACGAAGGAAAGGAGCAGAAUCAGGUUAAUUUCGAGAGAGAAGAUGUUCCUGUAACGUUACCUGAAAAGAAAGAUGGACUUGAAAGGAACCUUAAGGAAUAUGAUGAACAAUCAAAAGUAGCGACCUGUCGAUACAAUCAGGAGUUAUCAAUUGAGAAGGAAGAAUACGAUUACCAACAGAUAGAAAAGGAUGAGAACAUCAAUGAUGAAAAAAAUCUUGUCGAAAGUUCGAAAUCCAACGAAUAUGAAGAAAUAAUCGUGACCAGUUCUUUUACGAAUUUGCAAUCAAUGGAAAAUUAUAACGAUGAAACUGCUAAGAAUUUAUUAAAAACAUCGAUUAAUUGUAAAUUAGAGCAAAGUAAAUUUGCAACGCGUAACGUAGGUCGUUUCUACACCAAUCAAGAUCAAAAAAAUGUCAAAAAAACUGAAGAAACUUAUACCAUAAUGGAUAAAGUACUCGACACCGCUCAUCGAGACUUAUCCAAAAUAGAAUUAGACACGAAUCGUUAUGACUCAUCCAGACGGUGCAUCAAUUAUCCAAUCUACGAAAAAGAAAAGGAUCGUUUCAAAGAAGCAACGAGAAGUUCGCAAUCCGUCGAAAGAAAGAAAUGGCAAGAAUAUCGCAAUACCGAAACUGCUUCGUCUUCCCUAUUAUCGAAUCCGUCCUCGUUCGAACGUCAUCGCGAGCCAACUAUUCAAACAACAGCGUACACGGUAGCGCCAUCUCGAGACCAACGUUGCUUCGAGAGAAUCGUCAUCAACGAAGAAACUCUGAACAAAAUAGUCGUACCCACGGCAACGGGCUGCGUGGAGAAAGCAAGCAUCUCGAGAUCGCCGAUAGAGCGAGCACCAGUCGAAGAUUCAGCGGAUGAAUAUCGAUCGAGCAACGAUCGUGACGUUCCAGUCAGUCGAGAAACGAGUACUAAAAAGCAAAUCUCCAAUUCACCGACCCGAAACGUUUUCAUCAGGACGAAACGUAUAAUAUUCUCUCCGUUCCGACGUUCGGAAGAGCACUCGUCUGGUAAAAAGGAGAACAACGAGGAUGAUCGCGUGUUUCCUACGAAGAGCAAAAGCAAAUCGAGGUCGGGAUCGCCUAAAGUAAACCGACAAGACGCCCUCUUGAGGAUGUCUCUUUCGUUACCGUGGCCCCUUCGCCCAUCCUCGAAGGAUCGUGAGACGAAGGAAUCGAAAAUCGAAGAGGAACGAGCUCCCGUUAAACAGAAACAAAACUUCAAACGGUGCAAGUCUGUGGAAAGCUCGAGGAAAUCGUCCGUCGGCGAAAACGUAUUCCAAACGAGGCGAGAUAGAGACUCGUCGAUCGAAUUUAAAAAUUCUACAAACGAGAAGAACGAGAGAGGGAGCGUCUCGGUACAAACGGAUGAACGAGAAAAUCGAGCUCCCUUUAGAGUUAGCUUGCCCAGCUUAAAAACUGUAGAGAAAACGAAAGAAAAUUCUUCUUCUUCCUCCCCCUCCUCCUCCUCCUCCUCUUCCACUUCUUCCUCCUCGUCUUCUUCGAGAUUCGACCCACAAUCUUCGGAUCUUAUACACAAACUGACGAUUCUGUCGAACGCAGUGGCAAGGCGAGACGGCAGAACCAACACGAUCUCCGAAGAAUCGUCCCUGGUCGAAUCGCACUCGUUGAGAGUGAGACGAGCGAAAGAGGAUUUCUUGUCUCGUCGAGGUGGCCCGCUUUGCCAUUCGGCGUUGGAGCCUCCAUCCGUGAAACGCGACGAUUCUCCAAGAACGUUGGUCCAUUUCUACGAGCAGAUCUCGGAAAAUCAAGAAAGAAUGGGAAGCGGCGAGCAGACAUCGAGCGUAAAUCGCGCCCCAAAUUCGUUAUUAGACGCGUCGAGGGAGAAGGAAGGACAGCAACAGGAGUUGGCAACGAAAGAGAAGAGGAUGGAACAUUUUUUGAACGAUUACAACGAGUUGUCGAACGGUUCGCGACCCGAUCGUGUUAAAUCUGCCAGUGCUGGUAUGAUAAACGUGGAUCCGGACACGUUCGUGCGUUUGACCGAAACCAGCCGAGGAUGCGAGUCUCUUCCAAGAUCGAUCUCGAAGCAGCCUCAGCCGUUGGGAUCGCUCGCGAAAAUUGUUAACAAGUUAAAGUUUACGAGGUUGAUACGUAGCAAAGAUGCUCAGGAGGAGAAUAUGAGCACGAUCUCGAAGUUGUGCAGGCAGAGUUUGUUGAUCGACGUUAGAAACGAUUUUGACAAGUGUUGGGAGUCGAACGAUCGUGAGAAGGUUCCUAAAGCGGGUAGCGUUGAGAGAAAUAAGAAAAACGAAUGAUUGUGAUUUUUAAAUUAUACUUUUGAAUUGCAGCGAGACUUCCAGUAUUCGAAUUAGUAAUUAUACAUGUAUAUUUUAAUUGUCAAUUUUUUUUUCGUCGUGUAAAUCGUUCGAUGUGUUGAUUUUAUAUCGUAAAUAGUGAAAAAUGUCUCGAUAAGAUACGGUUCUUGCCAUUUUUGGAGAAUUGAAUCGUAGAGUUAUUUGCGUGAGAAAUUUUAUAAUUUUUCCGAUAUAGUCAGUUACUAAAAUAAAAUAUUUUAUUAUUGUCUUAUUAUGUGUCUCGAAAAAAUCGAAAAUUAUCCUAUAGUAUUUUUCGUUGUUACAAAAUAAUUAGAAAUAUAUAGAAUAUAGGGGAUAAAUGUUUGAAUAAUGGAGGUUCUACUGUAUCGAAUAUAAGUAGUAAUUGUUGACGAAUAGUUGUCGUACGGAAAAGAUUUUAAUAAUUUUUUUUAACAAUUAAUAAUGAACGUUAGAACAAGGAACAUGAACGAAAUAAGAAAAAAAAAAAAUAAUUCUUAGAAAUAUUUGUGCGUAUAUAAUCGUAUAAUUAAAUACACGUUUUAAAGAAGAGAAAAUUCAUUCUAGUUAAUUUUAUAACAACGAUUAACAAACAAAAAAUAAAAUAUUAUUUUCCUAUGAGA